AUGGAUGAUCUGGUGAUUACCGGGACAAGUCAGGAUGAUAUUGACAAGUUCAAGCAGGAGAUGCAACGGCUGUUCAAAAUGAGUGAUCUCGGCCUACUGUCCUACUACUUGGGUAUUCAAGUUGAGCAGAGAAGUGGUGAGGUCAAGAUCUGUCAAAGCAGCUAUGCUCAGAAGAUUUUGGAGGUUGCACGCAUCGAGCAAUGCAAUCCGUGCGCAACUCCAAUGGAAUGCUGCGUCAAGCUCAGCAAGAGGGAUGGAGCUGAAGCCGUGGAUGCCACUUUGUACAUGAGUGUGAUCGUCAGUCUUCGUUACUUGGUUAAUACAAGGCCUGAUAUAGCAUGUGCCGUCGGCAUUGUGAGCAGAUACAUGGAGGCACCAAGCAAGCAGCAUUGGACGGCAGUGAAACAAAUUCUUAGGUACGUACAAGGUACUAAGGGGUAUGGAUGCUGCUACAGGGCCAGUGCAAAGGGUUUGAUGCUGACAGGUUACCGUGAUAGUGACCAUGCCGGGGACAUAGAUGACAGAAAUAGCACUUCUGGAGUUGUGUUCAUGCCUGGAAAGAACAUUGUGACAUGGAGCUCGCAGAAACAAAAGAUAGUGACCACAUCUGUUGAAUAUAUGUGUUGCAUGUAUAUGUGUAUCUCCUAG